CGACCUCUGUGUCUGUACGCUCGUCCCCCUUGUUGUACAAUCACCCUAAUCGCCCGCACUCUAACGCCCUGGCUCGUCUCUCUGUGUCUCUCCCGCCCUGCGAUCUCGUCUGCGCACCCUGAAGGUCUGAUCCACUGCCAUCUUGAUCCCUCCCACCGACCGCACACCCGGCCGCAUAAACUCGACUGCCCGUCAUGGCGCACUACCAGGUCACCUCCACGUCGCUCACGCCCUCGCGCCCGGCCCCCGCCGCGCCCAUCCGCCGCGGGAACGAUAUCCAGAACGUGCUCGCCAGCUCGGGCUACGCCUCCUCCUUCUCCGUCGGCACCUCGUCCCCCUCCGGCUCCUCCUACGCGGGGGGUUACACCGGCAUUGGCGGUUCCCCCAACCGCAACUCGGACAUGAUCAACAGCUCACACAUCGUCCGGAGUGGCAUGGUGGCGGUCAAGGAGGACGGUAUCGUCAGUUGGCUUUGGCGGCCCAAGUGGCUCGUGCUGAAAGAGCAGACGCUUUCCAUCCACAAGAACGAGACCUCGCCACAGUAUCAGAGCCAGAUCUCGCUCUCGGACAUCGCAAACAUUGAGCGGACAGACCUUAAGCCCUACUGCUUGCUCUUAGAGACGAAGGAUAAGCGGAUAUACUUCUCUCUCAAGAGCGACGAGGAGCUGUAUGGGUGGCAGGAUGACAUCUACUCACGAAGCCCUCUGAUGGGUGUGAGUAAUCCGACCAACUUCCAACAUAAAGUUCACGUCGGCUUCGAUCCCGUCUCGGGGGCAUUCACGGGCUUGCCGGAUGCGUGGAGCAAGCUGCUCACCAAGUCGGCCAUUACCCGAGAGGACUAUGCGAAGGACCCGCAAGCCGUGCUCGAUGUCCUCGAAUUCUAUACCGAUCACCAGAAGCGCGAGAUGGAGGAGAUGGGUUACUCGUCCCUCGGUGGUCCUCGAAGCGCCGGCAGUUCCUAUGCAUCCUCUUCGACCCUCUCGCCAUAUGAUCGCAAUACCGGUAGUUCUUAUGCGUCUUCGUCCACUCUCUCGCCAUAUGAUACCUCCAGUGCUCCGCGAUUCAAUGCUGGUACGGGCCUUGGCGGUGCGGGAAUCAACAAGAUCUCUCCGUUGAACGACAGGCCUGCUAUCAAGCGGCAAGACUCGGCCCCAGCGCACCUCAAUGGGGAUGCUGUCAACGGCACUCAGGCUGCUCUUGCGCGGGCCGCUGAGGUUGUCAAUAGCUCUCACCUCCAACAUGCCAACACUGUCUCCGCUGCACAGUCUAACUCCGCCAUGCGCCCGCCCAUCCCUCCUAUGGGUGCCCCCAACCAACUCCAGGCAUCGCGCCCGGCGCCACAGCGCCCUCUCCUCUCCGCAAACCGACCCGCACCGCCCGCCCCGAACCUGCCGAAGCCCCCGCUGCCCGAGGACUCACCGUCGUCCGCGGAGCUCCGAUUGCGCGCGAAGGCGCAAGGUCCGCCUACGCAGACGCAGACGACGAAGCCGCCGGGGCUCAUGCAGCAGCCAGAGCGCAAGGAUUCGCUCGACAGGCAGGGCGCGUCGUCGCAACGACCGAACCUCGCACCCGCCAAGUCCGCGCCGGCCGUCAACCAGCCCGCUACCCAGCCCGCUCCUGGGGCCGCCGGGUCGACCGUUGGGCCCCCGCCCGUCAAGCCCCUCCAGCCGGCAAAGAAGCCGACCGGCCCGAAGGAACCCCCCGCGCUCAUGGUUACGGGGGCAGGUGACGAUGAGCGGAAUGGGAGCGUCGCGGCGGCCGCGGCGGCGCUGGAGAAGCCGAAGGUGGAGAAGGAGAAGCGGAUCAGCACGAUGAACGAGGCGCAGAUCAUGGACAAGCUCCGGAGCGUGGUGAGCGCGGACGACCCGAAGGCGCUCUACUCGAAGAUCCGGAAGGUCGGCCAGGGCGCGUCUGGGCAUGUGUAUGUGGCGAAGGUGCUUGCGACGGGGAAGAAGGUGGCGAUCAAGGAGAUGGAUCUGUCGAACCAGCCGCGGAAGGAGCUCAUCGUGAACGAGAUCCUGGUGAUGAAGGAGAGCCAGCAUCCGAACAUCGUCAACUUCCUCGACGCGUACCUCGUGAAGAGCAACGAGCUGUGGGUCGUGAUGGAGUACAUGGAGGGAGGGGCGCUCACGGACAUCAUUGAGAAUAACACGCUGGAGGAGGACCAGAUUGCGAGCAUCUGCUUUGAGACGUGCAAGGGUCUUGGUCACCUUCACAGCCAAUCCAUCAUUCACCGUGACAUCAAGUCCGACAAUGUUCUUCUCGACGCCCAGGGCCACGUCAAGAUCACCGAUUUUGGGUUCUGCGCGAAGCUCACGGACCAGAAGUCGAAGCGUGCGACGAUGGUCGGCACCCCGUACUGGAUGGCGCCUGAAGUCGUCAAGCAAAAAGAGUAUGGUGCCAAGGUCGACAUUUGGUCGCUGGGCAUUAUGGCCAUCGAAAUGAUUGAGAACGAGCCCCCAUAUCUUGACGAGGAGCCGCUCAAGGCGCUCUACCUCAUCGCGACGAAUGGUACCCCGACACUCAAGAAGCCUGACGCCCUCUCGCGGGAGCUCAAGGGCUUCUUGAGCGUGUGCUUGUGCGUCGACGUCAAGAGCCGAGCGACUGCGGACGAGCUCUUGGAGCACGAGUUCUUGAAGAAGGCUUGCGCACUCUCAGGACUGGCGCCGUUGCUCCGCUUCCGUAACAAGCAGGCGUCAUGAGUUUCCUUUGUUUCCUCUUGACACUGGUUUUCUCUUCGUGGCUUUCGGCCGGACGCAUCGGUCGUGCUGGGUCUUCGUCGGCGCUCACACCCACAUAUUCCCCCCUUGUCUAGUCGAUUUCGAGUUGCCAUCUUCACCUUCUACCCACCUAUAUCUAUAUCCGCGACAGUGUCGCCUUACAGCCCUGUAUCGCCCUCGAUGUCUGCGCCCCUUCCAAUCUGAAUCUACUAGUUUUAGCCGACCAUCUCUCGCUCAUGUCUUCCCUCACGUCCCGUCCCUCGUCCCCUCUCCCGAUCUUCCUGUCCUUGUCUGCCGUGCUUGUGAUUUUCUCAAUCCUUCUCGCUCUAUGAUGUUGGGAGAACCCUUAUUAGUGUACACUACAGAGACGCGGACGGGCUAGAGUGCAGCAGCAUAAUCGAGGUGUGUACAUGGUGCGCGUCGGCUCCAGCUUAUGUACUACACAUGGUAGCGGAACGCAUACAUGCAUAUAGGGAGGUAUCAUGCGUAUGUCGUGUACGCUAUCGAAUGAUCAAACAUGGUUCCUACUCUCGACCUAGACUACACAGGGGAUCGGCAGGGGCUUGCAUAUAAGUACUGGUAAGUUUCCGUGACCGCAUAACAUAAGGAAUAUGCCGUGCUUGGAUGAUUUAAGAGAUAACCGUACAGUAUGGCCAGUCCGUGGUGGUUACGAUAACAGACAGACGGGAUACAUAUCCAGACAAGACAAGAUGGUGGGACCGCACAGGACAUCACGGAUAAGGACAGGAUGAGGGCUACAUAUGGGCGCGAUCACGCUGGGUGACUGUACUUGAUCAUGAUACAGAGCAGAACAGGCAUAUGCGGGGCCUUCGUUCAAAAUUUGCCCAUGGCAAGAACGCGGUACAGCGCGUUCGCCUCCUCAAACCGCGAGUUGCGCAGGGUGAAGUGCGCCAUCUCCGCAGAGUCAGCGUCCGAGGCCGGGUCGACGAUCCCGAGCUUAAUAAGUGAGUUAUAAAAACGACAGAGAUUCUGAACACCCUUCGCAAACCGGUCGUCGCUGAUGUUGCCUUCGCGCUCGUCCUGCUCUGCGCGAUCGAGCCAUGCGACGCAUUCGUGGACGAACCAGCCCAGGACCUCUGUCCGGACGAGAUCCGCGAUCGUCGUCCGCCCUCCCGUGGUGACAUCCGCGACGCCGGUCGAGUCGCGCAACAGCCGGCCUAUGAGAUCGAACGACGGGAGGAUGGGCGGAAGGCGCUUGAUGACAUCGAGAAACGGUUCUGGGCCUGUGUCGUUCGCCGAGCAGAGAAGUGCCGCUACCAGUGGGUGUCCAAGUGCGGGGUUGGUGGCUAGGAUCGACGGGAGAUCGACGGAGGUUAUGAGAGGGGGCGAUGUGAGCCGAGACAUCAUAGACAGCACGACGCGCUGCUCGGAAAGAGAUAGGACACGCUCGCGUGCAGCGAGCAAAAGCGUGGCCGCGCGGGAGUACUUCUCGGUCUCCUCAUCGCGUUCCAGAGAGCCAGCAGCGUCCUUGGCACCAUCUCGCGCAGUGGAUUCUGUCGGAUGCCUUACAACGGUCUCGUCUUCGAGAUUCAGGUUCGCCGCCCUGAGCUUGGGCGGGAGGGGCGAUCGUGCCAAUGUGUUCGGGGAGAAUGGUCCGAUAUCGCUGCCGUCCCCCUUGAGUAUCUUCCAGAGGACCCAGACCAGCUGUUCGUUCUCGCUGACGCCUCCUGCGCUGGCGACCUGCACAGCAGCGUCGCGCUCCCUGACAAACGUGGCAUAGAGUACGGAAUUGAACGGAUUAAGGGAGAUCGGAUGGGGUGCGUAUAGUGAGUACAAUAUAUAUGAAACGAGUAUGCGUUGGGUCAGUUCUACAGAAGCAUCGAGCAUAGGCAUCAACACGUCAAGGGCGAGCUGGAAGCGAGAGAGAGGUGGGACGAUCUGGACGAAGGCGUGCGCGGCGGUCGAGCAGGGCGUCGAGUACGCCCCUGCGAGAAGGUGGUUGACGGACGCGCGGGUCGAGUCGCCCAUCAGCGAAGAGGUCUGCUUGGCCGCCAGAGGAGGCUGAUAGAAAGAGGCAGUUUGCAUCAUCGCUGGAGCAU